CGGGCGGCGCGGGGGAGGCCGAGCCGCUCUCAGUGCCGCACCGUCCGCGGGCCCCUCAGCGCGGCGGAGCCGGCCCCGUCAUGGUGAAGAAGCGGAAAGGCCGGGUCCUCAUCGACUCCGACACCGAGGACAGCGGCAGCGAGGAGAACCUGGACCAGGAGCUCCUGUCAUUGGCCAAACGGAAACGCAGUGACUCCGAGGAGAAAGAGCCACCUGUUAGCAAACCAACAGCUUCUUCAGACUCUGAGACCUCAGACAGUGAUGAUGAGUGGACUGUUGGAGGUUCUAAAAACAAAAAGAAGGGAAAAGCUGGCAAAGUAGAGAAGAAGGGAGCUAUGAAGAAACAGAUGAACAAAGCUGCCUCCUCAGGCAGCUCAGACAAAGAGAGCUCAGCUGAGAGUUCAGCACCUGAAGAGGGUGAAGUGUCUGAUUCGGAGAGCAACAGCUCCUCCUCCAGCUCAGAUUCAGAUUCAUCAUCUGAAGAUGAGGAGUUCCACGAUGGUUAUGGGGAAGACCUGAUGGGAGAUGAGGAGGACAGAGCUCGGCUGGAACAGAUGACAGAGAAGGAGAGGGAACAGGAGCUAUUUAACCGGAUAGAGAAGAGGGAAGUGCUGAAGAGAAGAUUUGAAAUUAAGAAGAAACUAAAAACAGCAAAAAAGAAAGAAAAAAAGGAGAAAAAGAAAAAGCAAGAGGAAGAGCAGGAGAAGAAAAAGCUCUCACAGAUCCAGGAAUGCCAGGUGAUGUCACACAACAAAGAACGACGGUCAAAGCGGGAUGAGAAACUGGAUAAGAAAUCUCAGGCCAUGGAGGAACUGAAAGCAGAGAGAGAGAAAAGGAAGAACAGAACAGCUGAGUUGCUUGCAAAAAAACAGCCAUUAAAAACUAGUGAAGUAUACUCAGAUGAUGAAGAGGAAGAAGAGGAUGAUAAGUCUAGUGAGAAGAGUGAUCGCACAUCCAGAUCAUCCUCAUCUGAUGAGGAGGAAGAAAAAGAAGAAAUUCCUCCCAAAUCCCAGCCAGUCUCCUUACCCGAAGAACUGAAUCGGGUACGGUUAUCUCGGCAUAAGCUGGAGCGUUGGUGUCAUAUGCCCUUCUUUGCCAAGACAGUCACCGGCUGCUUUGUGCGUAUCGGCAUUGGGAACCACAACAGUAAACCUGUCUAUCGGGUUGCUGAAAUCACUGGUGUUGUAGAAACUGCAAAGGUUUACCAGCUUGGGGGCACCAGGACAAAUAAAGGACUACAGUUACGGCAUGGCAGUGACCAGCGUGUGUUUCGUCUGGAGUUUGUCUCAAAUCAGGAAUUUACUGAAAGUGAGUUCAUGAAGUGGAAGGAAGCGAUGUUCUCUGCUGGGAUGCAGUUGCCUACACUAGAUGAGAUAAACAAGAAGGAAGUGUCCAUCAAAGAAGCCCUCAACUACAAAUUUAAUGACCAAGACAUUGAGGAGAUUGUGAAAGAGAAAGAGAGGUUCCGAAAAGCCCCUCCCAACUAUGCCAUGAAGAAAACUCAGCUAUUAAAGGAGAAGGCUAUGGCAGAGGACUUGGGGGACCAGGACAAGGCAAAACAGAUUCAAGAUCAGCUUAAUGAACUGGAAGAAAGAGCAGAGGCCCUGGACCGCCAGCGGACAAAAAACAUUUCUGCAAUCAGUUACAUCAACCAGAGGAAUAGAGAAUGGAACAUUGUGGAGUCCGAGAAGGCUCUAGUGGCUGAAAGUCACAAUAUGAAAAACCAGCAAAUGGACCCUUUUACUAGGCGGCAGUGCAAGCCCACAAUAGUUUCCAAUUCCAGGGAUCCUGCUGUCCAAGCUGCCAUCCUCGCCCAACUAAAUGCAAAAUAUGGAUCUGGUGCUUUACCGGACGCUCCAAAGGACAUGGGCAAGGGUCAGGGGAAGGACAAAGACGUGAAUUCGAAAUCAGCUAGUGACCUCUCAGAGGACCUGUUCAAAGUGCAUGACUUUGAUGUGAAGAUUGAUCUCCAGGUUCCCAGCUCAGAGUCUAAGACGCUUGCCAUCACCUCCAAAGCUCCACCAGCAAAAGAUGGUGCCCCUCGGCGAUCAUUGAACCUGGAAGACUAUAAGAAAAGGCGGGGGCUUAUUUGAGCAUACCCACUCCGCUGCUUCCAAUCCUGCAUGCUCCAUGAUGAUGUCCCAACUUCUCUUCUUCCUCCCUUUUCAGUUUCCCUUCUGGGUUGGAGCAGCAAUGGAGCUGGGAAGAGACUCUUUAAAACUGCCAGUCAUCUGUAACAUAAACCAUUUGACUAUUUACUGUAUAGACCUCCCUUCUUGCCCUUUCACAAAUGUGGAUCUGUGCUAUUUGGGGUUCUCCCACUUCUUUUAGUUUGAUUUUUUUUUUUUAAUUGAUGCAGCUCGUUGGUCUACUCUAAGUGUUCAGUAUUAGCCUCAAGUUGGGAUUUCUGUAGGAAUCUCUUUGGUGGUGGCAGCAUCGGCACUUGGUGAUUUCUCCUUACGUACCACCACAGGCAUGGCGAGUAAACAUUGGCACAGGACCUUUGUGGCUUGAAGGUCAUCUGCACUUUCUUCCUCCUCUUCUUCCUCCUCCUAGCUCUGGAGAAGGGAAACUUCAAAAACUGGCUUAGGUUCAAAGUGUAAAUUUUUGGGGGGGAGGGUGUUACGUGACUUUUUUUCAGGUGUUUUUUAUCAUUUUUUUAUGCUGCAGUACUAUUUGUAUCAGUCUGUCACAUUUCUUUACGGCUGUUUUGAAUUCUACCAGCUGUAUUUGAGCAUCUGAAAUUGAAAGAAAGAAACUCAUUAAAUGUGAUUCUUAAUAAACAGGCCUGGCUUAUAUAGCUGUGUACCUUCACGUUCCCCUUUUUACUCACACAUACUUGUUGAGAGUCCCACAAACAGCUCUUGUCUGAGACUCGUCCUCUGUAGAUUUGUAGUGUAGC